GGCAAUUAAGCAUCGCUCCCUUUCACUUUGGCAUGCAGAUGCAGUCUCUCUCUAGAAAAAAGGCCCGGCCAGACUCAUCCCCUCCAAACCAACUAGUGGCCUGGUAGCAGCAGCAUUGUGGAAGGGCAGGGCAGGGCAGGGCAGAGUUCCUCUUCCUCGGGUAUAAAAAGGCAGGCAGGCAGCGAGCUGGGGCGAGAGAGAGAGAGACGACAGAGCAGAGCAGGAGGAGGAGAAGACGAUUCUCGGAAUCCCCAAACUGACUCCACUCCCCUUCCUCCUCCUACCUAAGCUAAUCAAGAAGCAGCAGCUAGCAUGGUUGAGGCUGCGCAUCAUCAGCAGCCGCCGGCUCUCGUCUUCGACGCCGCCCGCCUGAGCAGCCAGGCCGACAUCCCGCAGCAGUUCCUCUGGCCGGCCGACGAGAGCCCCACCCCGGACGCCGCCGAGGAGCUGCCCGUGCCGCUCAUCGACCUGUCCGGCGGCGCCGCCGACGCCGAGGUGGUCCGGCAGGUGGGCGAGGCCUGCGAGCUGCACGGCUUCUUCCAGGUGGUCAGCCACGGCAUCGACCAGGCGCUGCUGGCGGAGGCCCACCGCUGCAUGGACGCCUUCUUCACGCUGCCCCUGCACGAGAAGCAGCGCGCGCAGCGGCGCCAGGGCGAGAGCUGCGGCUACGCCAGCAGCUUCACGGGCCGCUUCGCCUCCAAGCUGCCCUGGAAGGAGACCCUGUCGUUCCGCUACCACUCGGCGGCGGCGGCGGCGGCGGACGGCGGCGUCGCCGACUACUUCGUGGAGAAGCUGGGCGAGGAGUACCGGCACCACGGCGAGGUGUACGGGCGCUACUGCUCGGAGAUGAGCCGGCUGUCGCUGGAGAUCAUGGAGGUGCUGGGGGCGAGCCUCGGCGUGGGGCGCGCCCACUUCCGGCGAUUCUUCGAGGGGAACGACUCCAUCAUGCGCCUCAACUACUACCCGCCCUGCCAGCGUCCCUACGAGACGCUCGGCACCGGCCCGCAUUGCGACCCCACCUCGCUCACCAUCCUCCACCAGGACGACGUCGGCGGCCUGCAGGUCUUCGCCGCCGGCCGCUGGCUCUCCAUCCGCCCCCACGCCGGCGCCUUCGUCGUCAACAUCGGAGACACCUUCAUGGCGCUCUCCAACGGCCGCUACAGGAGCUGCCUCCACCGCGCCGUCGUCAACAGCCGCGUGCCGCGCCGCUCGCUGGCCUUCUUCCUCUGCCCGGAGAUGGACAAGGUGGUGCGGCCGCCGGGGGAGCUGGUGGACGCCAACAGCCCGCGGGAGUACCCGGAUUUCACGUGGCGGGCGCUGCUGGACUUCACCAUGAGGCACUACAGGGCGGACAUGAGGACGCUCGAGGCAUUCUCAAACUGGAUCCGCCAUGGGCAUGGCCACCACCUCUGAUUGCUGCAGCAUAUCUGGAUUCUGGAUUUGCAUUGCCAUUGCUCUGCUCUGCUCUGUUGUCAUCCUGCACUCUAGCUAGGAUGUAUGUCAUCCAUCGGAAUUCAAGAUGUAGGUUGAGUUAUAUAUGUAGUAGAAGAAGAAGAAGGAAGACGAUGAGAACGAGAGAUUGGAUCGUCCAGCCAAAUUGAGAUAUAUGAAAUCAAAUCAAGUUUGAUUAUAAAUUCUUUCAAUUAUAUA